AUGCUCUCGCUCCCGCUGACCAGUCUGUCCACAGCACAAGAUGCUGACCCUAGUCUGCAACGCUUUGACUGGCGUAAGGAAACUCAGGAUCUCACUUUUGUAAUCGACACUUAUCGUGCAACUGGCAGCGUACAGCUCGUCAAGGUGGUGCAGGGCAACCAGGUUCGGGCUAAUAUCUACAUGCAGCAUGUGAUCGAGAUGGAGAAAUUGAUCAGCCAAGGGAAUGAAACGACUCGUCUGAUGCGACUCCAAGGCCUCCAGAUGCAGGCUGAACAGUUGCCUAUAUCAGCGAUUGUCCGAUGUCCCCUACUUGCCAUACGAUGGCAACUGCCCGACAAAAAGAUCCGUCGCAUCCAGGUCAGAUUCAAGUCAGACACAGACUUUGAUACCGUCUGCAGCCACCUCAAUCGACAUGGUCUCCAUAUGAGUGGGCAGAAAGACGUCCGGACCCAGCCACAGUCAGAGGUCUCUUUACCCUCGCGCUUUGGGCCAAGUCCCACAGUUGUCGCAUACCCUGAUUUGCCAGCUAGAGGACCUGCCCCAGAAGGCCUUACCUGUCCACCGUCACGGCUAGCUGAGAUAUCCAGCCGACCAUCUACAACUACCCCUUCCCCUACGUCUCUAAGACCUCAGCCCCAAGAAGUCGACAACGCUCGCCCCUUCUCUGCGUUCACGGGCUAUGUUAGAGAGGAACGUGGCACCUCGACUCCCUUCUAUGGUCCGCUUGAUCCCCCAGUAUACUUUGCGCGACCCAACUCGGCAACUUCAGACAUACUAGGUCGUAUCUCUAACCAUACCUCAUUCUCCACACAUAUGCCCAUGAAAACCAUCGAAGGCACUCCUGAAAUAUCCACCGAACGACCAGAAGCUGACAUGCUCUUCAAUCGUCCUGAUUCAGCUGAGAACCUACCGCCUAGACGGGAGCUCCCCUUCCCACGCUUAUCAGAGCCACGCUCUUCAGGUAGUGAUAGUGUGAGCCUCUCCAGUCGUCCAUCAACCGGACUAAUGGGACCGCCUCCUCUUCCAAUGCAUGCAGGUGGUCCACGACCCAGUUCCAGCAGAGAUGCAAACAGCAAAGAGAUUGAACUUCCACCUCUGCCCCUGCCCACUGUCGUCUCAAAGACUGCUCAAGCAAUGCAACAGCCUCCCCGUACUCCUGACCAGGAUCAAGUGGCUCAACGUGCAAAGACAUCACCACGCGAUGGAAUAGAAAAUCGGUCUCCGCUGAGCUCUUCGUCGCCGUUCAACACCCCAUCGUCAGCCAACAGAUCACGUUCAAAUGCCAUGCCCACACCACAGGCUUUAGGUUCGCCAAGUAAUGCUGCGCAGAACUUGCGCCGAGCCAUGUUGCACAGUAGUCCUAUCCCUCCUCCUACAUCUGACAUGGGCGCUACUGGAGACAGGUGUGAUAGGGACGGUCUGGCUGAGUACGCCAUGCAGUCUGACGAAGAUCGGAUGGCAGCGCUGAACGAGUUCAUCUUUCGCAACCUUGAGGACGAUAACUUUCUGACGCUUGUGGAGGAUGUAGAGUCUGCAUGGGCGAGGACAGGGUUUGGCAUGUAA